UGUCAUGAUCAUCUCUCACACAUUCUUCUUCAAUCGUUCGUGACCACGUUCAUGACACAAGUCUCGUGGUGAUUACUACAGCAUUUGAAUUCAAUAAAAUAAAGCAUUUCUUUCAAUAAUAUAUAAGACAUGGAGGCAAAACCGAAACUAACCGAAGAGCCGGUUUGGAGUAAAUUGCAAACGUGCUACAAGAAUAAUGGUGAAAAGUUGAAAAUUUUGGAUCUAUUUAAUCAAAAUCCUGGACGUUUUGAAAGUUUAAGUUUGAAACUUGAAACUCCCGAAGAUGGAGCAAUUCUUCUCGAUUACUCGAAAAAUCGCAUUGACUCUGAAGUACUGGGCCUCUUGUUUGAAUUGGCUCGAGCUCGUAAAAUUGAAGCAGCUCGCGAUGCAAUGUUUACCGGACAGAAAAUUAAUUUCACUGAGGGAAGAGCUGUUUUGCAUACGGCUUUAAGAAACAGAGCUAACGUUCCUAUUUUAGUUGACGGCAAAGACGUGAUGCCGGACGUUAAUGGAGUUUUGGAGCACAUGAAACAGUUUACAAAUCAGAUUUUAUCCAAGGAAUGGAAAGGUUUUACUGGCAAGCCAAUCGAGGAUGUUGUCAAUAUUGGAAUCGGAGGAUCUGAUCUGGGACCAUUAAUGGUAACCGAAGCUCUGAAACCAUAUCAUGUUGGUCCUCGAGUUCAUUUCGUCAGCAACAUUGACGGGACCCACAUUGCCGAGACUUUGAAGAAACUAAAUCCCGAAACUGCCCUCUUUAUUAUUGCUUCAAAAACUUUCACGACCCAGGAGACAAUCACGAACGCGACAUCAGCGAAAAAGUGGCUCUUAGAACAUUUGAAGAACGACGCAGCAGUGGCUUUACAUUUCGUGGCACUGUCGACAAAUAAUGCAAAAGUCAAGGAAUUCGGAAUCGAUGAGAAAAAUAUGUUUGGAUUUUGGGAUUGGGUCGGUGGACGUUAUUCACUGUGGUCUGCCAUUGGUCUAUCCAUUAGUUUAUCGAUUGGUUUCGAAAAUUUCGAGAAACUUCUCAGUGGUGCUUUCUAUAUGGAUCAGCAUUUCCGCACAGCUCCUUUGGAAAAAAAUGCUCCGGUGAUUCUUGCCCUACUGGGUGUUUGGUACCAUAAUUUCUAUGGAGCAGAAACACACGCUUUACUUCCGUAUGACCAAUAUCUUCAUAGAUUUGCUGCUUAUUUCCAACAAGGCGAUAUGGAGAGUAAUGGAAAAUACGUAACGCGAUCUGGAGAUACUGUUAAUUACUCUACUGGUCCAAUUGUUUGGGGAGAGCCAGGUACAAAUGGCCAACACGCAUUUUACCAAUUAAUUCAUCAGGGAACGAGGCUUGUUCCCGCUGAUUUCAUUGCUCCAGUUUUGUCUCACAAUAAGGUUCAAGGUGAUUUGCAUCAUAAAAUUCUCCUCUCCAAUUUCCUCGCACAAACGGAGGCAUUGAUGAAGGGAAAGAAUAGUGAGCAAGCAAAGCAGGAACUUGAAAAUUCCGGAAUGUCUCCUGAACAAGUUAAUCAAAUUCUGCAGCACAAAGUUUUUGAAGGCAAUCGACCAACGAACAGUAUUGUCGUGAAGAAAGUUUCGCCAUUCACUUUGGGUGCUUUAAUAGCAAUGUACGAACACAAAAUUUUCACUCAGGGAAUAAUUUGGGAUAUUAAUUCCUACGAUCAAUGGGGUGUGGAAUUGGGUAAACAAUUGGCUAAAGCCAUAGAACCAGAAUUAAACAGUGCUGAUAAAAUCACGAGUCACGAUUCCUCGACGAAUGGAUUGAUAGCUUUCAUCAAAGACAAUAGUAAUUAAUAGAAAAAAUAAUUGUUUACGUAGCAUCGCAUUGAAAAAAGAAUUAGCAAUAACCAAUAAUUUUUAAAGAAUCGGAAAAAUAUUACGAGAAUCUGUAUAAUUUUCACAAGUGGCCUAAUCGCCUUUUAAACAUUCAAAACCUAAUUUAAAAGCAAAAAAAAAAGUCUCUUUCUGAUUCGCGAUGUCAACGUUAAAUUAUUUCAAUCUGUGUCACGUGUGUUUAUCAUAUAUUUUGUGUUUAAAAGUAUAAAAAUUUAUCUCAUAUCAAAGAAAUUGAGAAAAUUUCUGUCAAAAGUGGAGAAACAGAAUUAAUAAGAAAUUCGAAUUCUAUCGAUUUUUAAUUUUUUUUCUGAAUAUCGCAUUCUAGUCAAUUCAUUGUCAACUGAAGAUUGUUUAAAUUUUCUCUAUUAUUGUAUUUAAUACGAAAAAUAUUUAUACAGAUGUCGCAUAUAAUUAUAGAUUUGGGAAAAUUUAUUUUACUUGUAUUUAAAUGCUGCUAUUUUUUAAAUGAAAGAUGUUGAAAAUAUAAUAUUGUAAACUAAUGUUGUCGAUCGUUCAUGAACAGUUGUUAUACAAUAAAGAACUAAGAUUUGAAA